ACGGUGAAUUAAAGAUCUACAUUUCAUUUCAAAAGUUUGGAAAGCUCUUUAAUUUGUCCUUUAUCUCAGUGCAUGCGCAUAAAACUUGCAGGACGAGUACUUCUAGCUAGCUCGUUCUUUUAUUCUCAGGAAGUUUCAGAAUAGCAACUUGAUAUAUAGAUGGCAGGACAAUCAGCAAGUUUUGAAAACAAUCAGGAACAUGGGGCUAAAAAGCUGUCCAAAGAAAUCGCAGGUAUGAUAAAAAACUUAGAGACACUCCCAGCAUCAACAUCUAAACAUUGUUGUAUCUACAAGGUUUCAGAUCACAUUCGCAAAUCGAACGAAGAAGCUUAUACUCCUCAGGUAAUAUCAAUUGGGCCUUUCCAUCGUAAUAAUCCAAAAUUGCAAACCAUGAAAAGGUUUAAAUUGAAUUAUCUAAAGAGUUUCAAGGAAAGAGCUGAAAUAGAGUUGGAAGAUAUAGUAAGCACUAUAAAAGGUGCGGAAGAAAGUGUUUGGGAAAGUUAUUCGGAGACUAUAUCACUUGACAGUGAUGAUUUUGUGAAAAUGAUCCUGCUUGAUGCCAGCUUCAUUAUCGAGUAUUUCUGGAAAAACAAGACGCUAAACUGGACCGACAGUGACCAAGAAAUAUUAGAGCCGUGUUUGUGCAAUAGGAUGCAGAUGGACUUCAUAUUACUUGAAAAUCAGCUUCCUUUCUUUAUUACUGAGAAAAUAUAUGACAUUGCAUUUCCAUCUCGCUCAAAAAACAACCCCUUCAUUGGGCUUACCUUUCGCCAGUUCGAAUAUUACAACGUUCAAAUUUCCCAAUAUUCUCCGUCAACAAAAAUAUUGCACUUCACUGACUUGGUUAGAAACUUUUGCAUGCCUCCUAGCGAAAGGCGACCGAAAGGAGAGUCUCAAAAGAUGAAGGAAAUGUACAGUGCAACCCAGCUGGAUGAGGUAGGAUUGAAGUUUAAGAUGAGCAAACCAAGCUCUAAUCUCUCACCUCUUGAACUAAAAUAUGUGGAGGGAGUGCUGGAAGUCCCACGCUUUCAGUUAGACGAUACCACGGAGAUUUAUGCUCGAAACCUCAUUGCCUUGGAGAAAUAUCACUAUCCUUAUAAAGAUGAGGCAUAUAUUACUGAUUACUAUACCAUGUUAAGUUUCCUUAUCAAAACAGACAAAGAUUUGGAUGUACUUGUACGAGAGCAGAUCAUCGAUAAUUGGCUGGAUGGCGUCGUGGCAACUUCAAUGAUCAACAAGCUGUCCGGCGAAACACGUUUCUAUAUCAAAAUAAACUCUCAUUAUCACACGAUGGCUGAAGAGUUGAACAAAUUCUAUAUUAGUCCCUGGAAUCUCAUCCCUAGCUUGAAACGUGCUUUAUUUCGCACGAAUUUGGCCGGUACUAUUACCAUAUCUAGUGCUGUUGGGUUAAUCCUCACAGGGGUUGAAUCUGCAUGCUCUGUUCUAUCGCUUAAGUACUUUUAAGUUUUUUUUAUUUUUAUUUUUUUAAGUAUUUUAAAGCUUGUAUAAUUCUAAUUAAGCUUGUUUAUUUAAAGCUAGCCCCUUGGUGGCUCGUGCUAGUAGUACCCCGCAUGGGCUAGGGGCUUGCCUUGUAUGAAGAUUAGUCGGGGUGUAUUUGGUAAUAAAAUAUGAAUAUUUAUUUAUUCUCA